UUUGUAGAAAAUGUCGAAAGCACAUCCGCCAGAGUUGAAAAAGUACAUGGACAAGCGGCUUUCGCUGAAGCUCAAUGGAGGACGAGUUGUUUCCGGCAUCCUGCGUGGUUUCGAUCCUUUCAUGAACGUUGUGGUAGAUGAAUCGAUCGAGGAGUGUAAGGAUGGCACUCGCAACAACAUCGGAAUGGUGGUCAUUCGGGGCAACAGUAUCAUCAUGGUAGAGGCAUUAGAAAGGAUAUAGUUAGGUGCUGGGAU